AUGGUACGCAUGAAGUGCCUCAAUCUCUGGGCGCUGCCCCCCUCCGUUCUCGCUCUGCCCGAGGCAGAGCGGCUCAAGCUCAUAAAGGAGAAGUACACCGUCGUCUCCGAUGAGGGCGGCUUUGCGCAGGCUUCACAGAAUUCACAGGCCCCGCUCAGCACAGCCGACAGCGUUCUCGCCCUUACGUUCCUCAGCGUCGUGAUGGGCGGGCCCGUGGUGCUCAUGGCUAGCGGCAUCGCCUGCAUUAUCUUCGGCUCGUGGGUGCACUGCGUAUACUGGCUGACCACCGCUCUCGCGCUCGCCACGCACCCGCUGCCUGACGUCGCUGCGCCGCUGGCACGCUCUCGCCUCUCACUCGCGCUCUACAGAUACUUCAGCUACCGCUGGCUCUGGUCGGGCGACGAUGGAGAGCACGGAGAGGCGGUCGCACCAUUCGUCGGCUGCGGCCCGCCUCAUGGAGUGCUUCCCCUCGCCAACGUGUUGUCCAUCCCCGCCAUCAACGCCUGCACCUCUGCGAGCUUCGUGGGUGUCGCCGCCAGCGUGGUCUUCUUCACGCCCUUCCUGCGCUACCUCACCCUCUUCGGCUGCGUCUCUGCCUCGGCCGGCGACAUCACAAAGGCUCUUUCGUCGGGCGCCUGCGCCGGCAUCGUCCCCGACGGCAUUGCGGGCAUCUUUCGCCUCGCGCAGCACCCCACCGAGGAGGUCGUGUACCUGCGCGCGCGCAAGGGGCUCGCGAAGCUCGCCCUGCGGACGGGCCGGCCGAUCAUGCCCGUCUACUCAAUGGGCAACACGCGCGCCUUCUCCGCCGCCUUCGACCCGUUCGGGCUGAUGGAGCGGCUGUCGCGGGCGGCGCAGGCGGCGAUAUUCGUGUACUGGGGCCGCUGCUACCUGCCCGUGCCCUACCGCACGCCGAUCACCAUGUGCUUUGGCCGUCCGAUAGAGGUGACGCGCACGCCGCAACCGAGCGACGCCGAGGUGGACGCGCUGCACGAGCGGCUGCAGAGGGAGAUCGUGGAGACAUUCGAACGGCACAAGGCAGUCGUGGGCUGGGGCAACAUCAAGCUCCGGCUCGAGUAG